AUGUUGCCUUUCAAAAGAACUUAUGAAUCUACCAUGGAUUCUGAAGAUAUCCGUAAUAUCGAAGAAAUGGGAUCCAAUCAACUUUUUUGUUCGCAACAGGUUCAACCACGUGAUUUUUUACAGUUUCAACAACAAAUUUUCUUUAAUUCUCACUUAUAUGCUCAAGAUGAUUUAUCUGCAAUGAGUGAUUUUGAAUUGUAUUCUCAAAUUCAGCCUCCAACAUCAAUAUCUGUUAAUGUAUUGAAUCCAUCUUCAUCUACUGCAAGUAUUGACGAUAAAUCAUCUUUAACGUCUGAAGAAUUUCAACGUCUCAAGAAAAUCGUCGAUAUAUUUAUGAAUUCAAAUAAUUCUAAAAAUACUACCAACAAGAAUUCAAAUUCUAUUAUCCUCAAUUUGCCAAUUUGUGUUGAUGAACAAACUGAUAUAAAAUCAAUAUCUUCUCCUUUAAAUUCUUUAAUUAAUCCCACUUAUCCAAAUUAUUAUUAUUUAGUUGAUUUGAUUUUAAAAGUUAGUAAAAUUAUGAACAUUAGGAUUAAUUCUCCAAACUCAACUUUUUUAAGUAACCAAAUAAGAUCCCCAAAAAUGACUAUUUGCCAUAUAAACGAUACAAAGGGCAUUCCCACUUCUAGUCCAUCGGGACUUUUAAUAAAUCCUCCGUUAAAUGAUCUUUGUAAAUGUUUGAUAAAUAUUUAUUUUACAAAACAUAAUAUUAUCACUCCCCUUAUUGAUCCAAAGAAAUUUAAUGAUCAAUGUGAAAGAAAAAAAACAAAACAUUUUGAAUUGUUGAUUCAUUCUAUUUUAGCUAUGGUUUCUGCAAGAUAUCCUCAUGAUCCUUCUUUAAAACAAUCUUCGACAAGACCAGGUGGUAUUUUCUUUGAUUCUGCAAAGAAAUUAUUGGAUACAAUGUAUGAUAUUCCAAGAUUGGAAACUAUACAAUCAUUAUUACUUUUAAGUAUGUCUGAAAUUGUUCCAUCAAGAUUCGAUAAUGGUUACAUGUUUCUUGGCAUGGCCAAUGUAAUCGAUGAUUCUUUGGAUCCUGGUGAAAAUGAAGAAAGGCAGAGAAUUUACUAUUGUUUAUAUAUCCGUGAUAGAUGGCAUUCAAUCCUUUUAGCAAAACCUCCUGUGAUCGAUUUUGUGGCCAAUCGAGUUCCUUUACCAAAAUUAGCUUCAUUUUCUCAGUUAGUUAAGGAUCACUUUAUAGCGUUUGUAGAACUUUCGCAUAUUCUUGGACGUAUUUGGACUUUCGGUUAUUCUCCUAGUUCUAAACCUUCAUGUGAAGAUUGGCGCCAUCAUUUAGCAAAUCCUUUAAGUGAUCUUAUGAAAAUACGUUCUUCAUUAGCAAAUUGGUUAAAAAAAUUACCAAACACGUUACAGUACCUUUAUCUUCCUGCUACGGAUUUGAGAAGUAUUUAUCAACUAGCAAGCUUUUCGGAUUUUACCGGUAAUUUACCUUAUUAUGUUAAUAAAUCCCCAAUUCAAAUUUGUCUCAAUUCAGCUAUCGCAAUUAUUGAUAUUGCAAAAACAACUCGAGAAUUCGACGCUGAUGCAUUUUAUCACUCUCUGUUUCCAAUAUAUUCAUUAUUACAAGCUACAACAAUACAACUCGUUAUUAUGAAUAUAUCAAAAGAAUAUGAAUCAUUAGUCAAAUUAACAUUAGAAAAUUCAAUCAAAGAAGUAAAAUUGAUUUCUAAGCGUUGUGGACUUAGUGUAUUACAGGAUGCAGUAAAUGAAUUGGAAAAUAUUAUAAAAAUUACUGAUGACUUGAAAUUCACAGAUGAAUUCUCUCGAUUAUCGGAAUUUCAAGAUGAUCGUGACGAUGAUAAUGAUGAGGCAGGUUCUUCAAGCCAGUAA